AAUUGAGUCACCAUGGCGCGAAUGAACCGCCCAGCUCCUGUGGAAAUCACCUACAAGAACAUGAGAUUCCUCAUCACACACAACCCGACCAAUGCAACCUUAAACAAGUUCAUAGAGGAACUUAAGAAGUACGGAGUCACCACCGUGGUCAGAGUGUGCGAAGCUACCUACGACACUGCCCCGGUGGAGAAAGAAGGCAUCCAAGUGUUGGACUGGCCCUUCGACGAUGGGGCUCCCCCCUCCACCCAGAUCGUGGAGGAUUGGCUGAACCUGCUGAAGGUGAAGUUCCGGGAGGAGCCUGGCUGCUGCAUUGCCGUGCACUGCGUGGCUGGCCUGGGAAGAGCUCCAGUGCUGGUUGCUCUUGCACUGAUCGAAUGCGGGAUGAAGUAUGAAGAUGCAGUGCAGUUCAUCAGGCAGAAGCGGCGCGGAGCCUUCAACAGCAAGCAGCUGCUGUACCUGGAGAAGUACCGCCCCAAGAUGCGGCUGCGCUUCAAGGACUCCAACGGCCACCGCAACAACUGCUGCGUGCAGUGA